GCCCGGGAGAAGGCCGGGAAGAUGGCGGCCUCCUGGAGGCUAGGCUGUGAUCCGCGGUUGCUGCCUUGCCUCCUGGGCUUCUGCCGAAGCCCAGGGCUGGUUAAGGGGGCUGCUGCGUGGUCUGUCGGCCGUGGAGCUAGUUGGAGAUGGUUUCACAGCACGCAGUGGCUGCGAGCUGAUCCUAUUACGAUACUAAUGCCAUCACUGUCUCCUACAAUGGAAGAAGGGAACAUUGUGAAAUGGCUGAAAAAGGAAGGUGAAGCUGUGAGUACUGGAGAUGCCUUAUGUGAAAUAGAGACUGACAAAGCUGUGGUUACCUUAGAUGCAAGUGAUGAUGGCAUCUUGGCCAAAAUAGUGUAGAAUCAGUACCUGGAAGGAGGGAGGAGAGUGGUGAAGAAAGGGGUUGCAGAAGGAUCUAAAAAUAUACGGCUAGGUUCACUAAUUGGUUUGCUAGUUGAAGAAGGAGAAGAUUGGAAACAUGUUGAAAUUCCCAAAGAUAUAGGUCCUUCAUCACCAGCUUCAAAACCAUCAGUGCCUUGCCCUUCACCAGAACCACAGAUUUCUACCCCUGUCAAAAAGGAACACACACCGGGAAAACUGCAGUUCCGUUUAAGUCCAGCUGCUCGCAAUAUUCUGGAAAAACAUGCACUGGAUGCUAACCAGGGCACAGCCACUGGCCCUCGGGGGAUAUUCACUAAAGAGGAUGCUCUCAAACUGGUCCAGUUGAAACAGAUGGGCAAGAUCACUGAAUCCAGACCCACCCCAGCCCUGCCAACCAUUCCCACAGCAUCUUUACCCCCACUGGCCACAGCCAGGCCAUCUUAUCCCCGGCCAAUGAUCCCUCCAGUAUCAACUCCUGGACAGCCUAAUGUAGCGGGCACAUUCACUGAAAUCCCUACUAGCAAUAUUAGAAGAGUUAUUGCCAAGAGGUUAACUGAAUCUAAACGUACUGUACCUCAUACAUAUGCUACUACUGACUGUGACCUUGGAGCUGUUUUAAAAGUUAGGCAAAAUCUGGUCAGAGAUGACAUCAAAGUAUCAGUAAAUGAUUUUAUCAUCAAGGCAGCAGCUGUUACCCUUAUGGCUGUGGCAACAGAUAAAGGGUUAAUUACACCGGUCAUCAAAGAUGCUGCUGCUAAGGCUCUGCCAGAGAUUGCUGACUCUGUGAAGGCUCUAUCAAAGAAAGCUAGAGAUGGAAAAUUGUUACCUGAAGAAUACCAAGGAGGAUCUUUUAGUAUUUCCAACUUGGGGAUGUUUGGCAUCGAUGAAUUUACUGCAGUGAUCAACCCUCCUCAGGCCUGCAUUUUGGCUGUUGGGAGAUUCCGACCUGUGCUGAAGCUCACUCAGGAUGAAGAGGGUAAUGCCAAACUGCAGCAACACCAGCUCAUUACGGUCACAAUGUCCAGUGACAACCGAGUGGUAGAUGAUGAACUGGCUACCAGGUUUCUGGAAAGUUUUAAAGCAAACCUGGAGAAUCCUAUCCGACUUGCCUAAUCCUCAAAGAUGAGAAGUUGGUCUUCGGCUUAGUUAAUUGUAUCAUUGUUACUGAGAAACAUACACUAUAGGAAAACAAUUAGGUAUUUAAGUGUGAAGUGAAUGAAAUGUUUAUUUAGGGUGAAAGUGUUUGACCUGAGUUGUCUUCAUUUUCAUUUUGGGUUCAGUGUUAUAUAAAUAAAUAACAAACUGUAACUAAUGGAAGGCGGAGAACAUUUGAUUAGUGAGAUGCAUUUUUAAUUUAACCACUGGUGCUGUACAAAAGGGAUGUUCAGCCAGAUGUAACUUAAAAGUAGAUGACUGGCUCAUUGGAGCAUUUUAGAAUAUUUGAGGAUGUAUGAUAAGUUGUAAAAUCAAAAAAUUUUAGAACUCUACCUUAAUUGUGUUGAAAUUAGAAGCGGUCUUCAAAAAGAUGCCUAUUAAUGUAGCAAUGGGACGUCACUUUUAUAAGCACUGCUCUAGAUAUACUUGAACAAUUUAAUAUGUACAGAAGUUUAUUCUGGAUACUAGUAGAUAAAUAAGAAUCACUCUGUAUUAGGGGUUGUGGCAACAUUAUUGAAUUUUUUAUGUAUAUAAAGCCAUAUGUUUUAGAGUGGUUUCUAUCAGUCUUAUUUUACACUUCUAUGACACUGUGAACUAAAGAAGAAGAAUUAAAGAGAAUCAAAGGUGAAGAAAGAGACCAAAAUAUUUUGUUUGCUUUGAU